AACAUUUAAAGCACUUUUUAAGCAGCUUUUUCUUUUGAAAAUCCUUUCAGCGAUCUUAUGAUCGAGUAUUAAAUUGAUUGCGAGUUCUCUCUGGUUGUAUUAAGCGGAACAUUAGUCGACUUAAGUUAUUAGUUACAGCACUGUUUUUAGGAUCUCGCAGUCAGAAGAUUCUGAAUGAAAUGUAGCCCCCUGCGCGGUCGAAGUUGUUUUACAUUCGGCUUACGAUCCGAUUCUUCGGCUCCCGACCGGAAAGGACUAUUUUGCAUCAGCAGAAACGUUGUCCACCAUGAAGAUCGAUCGCAGUAAAAUCAAAAAGGUCCCUGCUGACCCGCCACCGGAUACGAAAGCCGUCAUUCAGUCGUUAAUGACUGUGGCCAACGAUGACACGGCAUUUCUGAAAGCGCUUCAAGAUUGCAAGUCCUGGACCGUCAGCAAGUGUGAAAUCUAUCAUUGGGUGGAUGUCCUGAACAAAUUCGAUGAGAUUUUGGCGGACGCGACAACCACUGCCGAUUGGAUGUUGAGCUGUGAUAUUCCGGAUUCCCAGGACUCGAAAUUGAAAGGAGCAUUGGUUAAAGAGGUUCUAAGAUUCACUUCUAUGCUCAUCGAGCACAGCUUCUCGAGACAGCUGUACAACUCCAUGGAUCGGCUGAUCACUUUACUGGGCUCGAGUGAUAUGUACAUCGUGGAAAACGUUCUUACCCUUUUGUACACUUUUAGUAAACGCACCAGUUUUCUGACACGAAUGCGCGAUGAUCAAAACAAAGAGCUCUUCUUGCGUCUACAACUACUUGCCGAGACUUGGGGUGGCAAGGUAAAUGGUUUCGGAUUAUCCAAGUGCUGCGAAGAUGUCCCUUUGGAUCAGUAUCCAUCCACCGCUACGACAGUGCAUUUUGAAUUCUUUUCUGAGCCGGAAUCCGAGGAUGACAGCGCAAAGCGGUCUACCACAAAUGUGAUCCACAUCGAAAAUGUUGACAGAUUGAAACCAAAAACGGUGCCAGAAAUUAUGACGGAUCUCGUGCGGGAAUAUCGUAUUCCGGAAGCUAAGCAGAUCCCGUUGUAUUUCCACCUCCGUCUAGCAUAUUGCUUUGGAAAUUACAAGCAGCGCUUGCAUUGCGUCCAAUCGCGAUUGCUAGCGUUAUCCAUCUUGGCCUACACGUGCCGCAUUCCGGAAAACGUGUCUUCAUACAUUUACGGAGGACUUGUGGAAGAGCUGGUUGAUGUGCUCCAGCUGAAACAUAAGCCAGAAUUGAUGGAUUUGAAAACAAUCGUAAUGCGAACGCUGACCGCUAUUGUCCACCACGACCGCGGCUCACGUUGUAACGAUAUCAUUGAUGCCAUGUCAGCCUCCUCCUACCACGGAUUUCUGCCGGUUCUUGUGCGUUCAUGCAUCCAGGCGCUAACGGAAGGGAAGCGCGAUCAGUUCCCGAUCAAUUACGCUACAGCUGUAUUUUCUUUCCUGUACCACUUGGCCAGCUAUGAAUCGGGAGGCGAUUCAUUGGUGGCGUGCGGUAUGAUGGAAUCUAUGUUGAAGGUGGUGAAUUGGUAUGAUACAACCGAAGAGAACAUCACGUUUGUGACACGGGCUGUGCGUGUCAUUGAUUUGAUUACCAACAUGGAUAUGCAGUCUUUCCACAAUCAUAACGGAUUGUCCUUGUUCACGAAACGCUUGGAACAUGAAGUGGAGAUUUGCGCAAAAGAGCAGCCAGAUCUGAUUCAGGCGCCAUCACUGCAGCGGUCCGAAUCAGUGACAUCGGAUAGUGGAGCUGGUCCGUCGAAACAGGAGAAGACUGAACCUUCACCGUCGGCCUCCAAGUCUGGAACUGGAGAGCAAUGCUUUCCGCAGCGCGUGGCUUUGCUGAAAUCCGUUUUGAACUUCUUGAAGAAAAUCAUUCCAGACCCCACUUUCACGGAUUCCGUUCGCCACCUGAUGGACGGAAGUUUGCCUAACUCGCUUAAACAUAUUAUCAGCAAUGCGGAAUAUUACGGAUCUUCGUUGUUUCUGCUGGCCAUUGAUAUUGUCACAGUGUACGUGUUCCAUGAGCCGGCCAUGCUCUCUGCCUUGCAAGAUCGCGGUUUAACGGAUGUCAUUCUACAAGCGGUCCUUCUGAAAGAUUUGCCUCCUACAAAAGAAGUGUUAUCAGCAAUUCCGAACAUCUGCAGCGCGUUAUGUUUGAAUUCGCGAGGACUGCAAGCUUUUGUGGCUUUGAAGCCGUUCGAAAAAUUGUUCAAAGUCCUCUUAAUGCCAGACUAUCUACCGGCCAUGCGGCGUCGGCGUACUGGCGAGAGCUAUGGAGAUACUGCGACCGGUUUGGGCAGUGCUGUGGAUGAGUUGAUGCGGCAUCAACCGUCUCUGCGGGCGCAGGCCAUGCAAGAUAUUGUUAAGCUGUUGAACGAUUUGUGCGCCAUCGGGAGAGACCCGAAUUUUAUUGCGGUUGGCAACGGUACUUUAAUCCAAUCGAUCAAUCGCGUCCAACGGGCCGAUCAAAGCAUUCCGGGAGAUUCAGACUCUGAAGACGAAGACUUCGAAGAUUCGCAGCAGGGAACAGCUGGGACUUUUCACACAGUACCGUCUGGACUCCAAAUGGAUACCGUCGCUACCCAGGAAUCUGACAUGAAAGAGAAAACUCCCGUACCGCUACUGGACUACAUAGUGCACGUGACCAAAUUUGUGGAAGCCGUUUUGACCAGCAACUCCACCGAUGAUCAUUGUCGGGAAUUCAUUCGGCAGGAUGGAUUGAAACCCUUGAUGGAAAUCUUCCGCUUGCCGAAUUUGCCUUUGGAUUUCCCAUACUCCAACGCAUGUCAUGCAGCGUAUACUCUGGUAAAAUCGGUGGUAGCUUAUUGUCGCGAUCAUUUGGUUUUGGAGGAGGCGUUUACCCACAUGGAGCUCGUGCUGAAAGAAAUCAAGGCCUGCACGAAACCGGUGCCUGAGCCCGGAGGAUCGGCGAUGCUGAAUGAGUGGGCACGUACGGCUCCGAAUAUCGAUGAUGCGCUGAAAGAUCCACAACGCACACCGUUACUUCAUCGGCUCUGUUACAUGCACAGCUAUGUCAGCAUGAUGGCGCACAUCUGUAAACUGAAUCAGUCGGAUAUCCGGAUAAUAUGUACAAACUCCUGGGCAACAGAGAAGGGAUUGAAGCUUCUCCAGGAGAUCGCGGAUUUGUACAGUUUCCUGAUUUGGGAGAAUACGAUCUUGAUUGCGUUAUGCAGCGACGAGGGGCUGCUGCCUCAGGAGAGCGACAUUAGUCGGACUGAUUUGAAGCUGAUUUUGGCCAACCGAAAAGGCGCAGUAGAAGAAGAAAAGCCAAGCGACGAAAAUUCCAGCGGCGGCACACCAAUGGAUGUUGAUGAACAACCGAGCACUUCCGUAUCCGUUCCGCCUGCGCCAGUUGCUGUUUCACGAAAGACCUCCACCAAUGGUACUCGACCGCAAAUCCAUAUUGUUAAGCUGUUAAAGCCUUUGAUUACCGUGGCGACGAAGUUGUGCCGUGUCACUGGCGAAUUACUGAGUUUAAUGGUAAAGUUUUGCGUCAAUCCGGCACGACAGCGCCGACAGGCCAUUGGAUCGCGAAACGGUGAAGUCCCAAGCAGCAGUGCUCGACAAGUGGCUACAACGAUUGCUGGCUUAAUGACCCAAGUGCUCAAUAAGAAAGGCCCGUUAAGUAACCCGCCAGCGCGCUUCCGGUUAAAUUAUCUGAUCUGUGUUCUUACCUUCAUACAACCGUUGAUUUUCGAUGAGAAACGGUUUGCCUUCCAUUAUAUGCUUCAGAAGUUUAUUGCGGUGGGGACAGUCGAUGCGUUCUUUGGAAUUUUUGAAAAUGUGAUGAAAGGACCAAGUGUGGAGUCCGAUAUUAACCGCUCAGUGACGGAGAAAACUAUGAUCAAUCAGUUUAUUGUGGAUUUUGUGGUUGCCUGGUUGUCCUUGUUAGAGAAAUUGAUUAAUCCGAAAGCCGUUAUGGAAACACCCAAUGUUCUGCCUCCGUCGAGGAUUGCGAUAUCCGGUUAUGCUCCAUUCGAUCCAGCGCAGUAUUACAUCAAAAUGCUGCACCAUACACUGCAAGUGGUGGAUCGGCUGUUGUCGGUGCAGACACUGAAGAGCUUUGGAGAAAGUACGGGAGAUCUAUUGCUGACCAUCUUGAGCCACAUUAUGAAAAUUGAAGCUAUCAUCAAGGAGAAGGCGCCGGAAGUUAGCGCUGCGGCCGCCCCCGAAGCUGGUCCACCCGGUCCGAACGCCGCUGCUCCUGCACCUGAGGCUCCUCCUGCUCCACCUGGGCCAACUCAGCAGCAGCAAGCUUUAAUGGACAUGGGCUUUCAGAGAGAAGCUGCUGUCGAAGCUCUGGAGCAUACCAACAAUAAUGUCGAACAAGCUGCGGAUUACCUUUUGAAUUACCAGAAUGAGCGAGUGCUGCGCACUGCCGGUAUGCGCUUGAUGGACGUGGACUUCGACAACGCGGAGGACGAAAUUAUGCUGCAGGCUAUUGCCAUGUCAAUUGGGGACCGGGAUACCGGCGCGCCAAGUGCCGAUGGUGCGUCCUCAUCGAGUGCAUUGGCCCCGCAAGUUCCUCCCACGGCGCCGACACCGCAGCAAAUUGAGGCUCUCAUCGACAAAGCGCUGCCGCUAUGUGUGGAUUUGGUUGAUUAUGCUCCUGAAUGUGUUUUCAAGGUUGCCGACCUUAUCUCCGUGAUCAGCAAGCGGAACGGCAAUGAAUGGCGACUCCGGCUAAUCCGGAAGCUGGGAGCGGAUGCUGUAAUGUUUGCAACAACAGUUGUGAACAACGCAGAUGCAAUGUACACGGGAACAGUGACCCCACCGGCGGAUGUGUCAUUUGCGAAGCUGAUGAGAAGUUCUGCUGAAUCGCAGAAGCUAACGGCAAGGCUGCACUUGCUGUGUAUAUUGCUUCAGGACAACCAAGAAGAUUGUGGGAAGAUUUUGGAUGGCGAUAGUUUGAUCCCGUUGCUAAUCAAUCUCAUCAGUGCAGCCAGGCGCAUUUACGGCAUGGUAGCGCGCGGUAUGGAAUUGGUUCCGAAGUGGUUGGCCUUCGCGUUUCUGAUACUGGACUCAUACGAAAAAAUGUGCGCCAUGGUGAAACGCAAGGAGAUUCUACAGAAGUAUUACACUCCCACAUGGAAAUGGUUGGAUGUGCGGCUAGGAAAGUGGACCGCUUACAGUGAGCAGAAUAACAAGGAAAUCAACGAUGCCUACGAGAGGGGCAUGCCAACAUGUAAGCUCACUGGCCAAGGAGCCGGACCCGUACGGCAGUACAUUGUGCGCUUCAAGGAUAUGGUACAAGUGACGGAUUCCAGCGGCAGUCGACGACCAAUUAUGAGAGAGCUAAAAAAGCGCGAAGCGAAACCGGUGGAAAAACCAACCGAAAGUUCGGACGAUGGAAGUGCGAUGCAGACCGACCAAGACCAGGCUGAGGAAAAACCUUUUGCCUUGAUGAGUGGUCUGAAUAAAGAGCAAAAGUUUCUCCUUAUCAAUGACAUCGUCAGUUUGGUACAUCAAAAGCUGGAUCCUGACACCCUGCAGGCCGCAAUGCGGGUGCUGCUGCGGUUUACUAGAGAUUACGAUUCGGCUCGCCAUUUUGCCGAAUUAAAAGGGCCACAAAUCCUUUUGGGUUUGGAUCGACGAUCAUUCUUCGAAAGUUUCAGCUCAUUUUUAACCCAUCUUAUACGCCACAUUAUUGAAAAUGGUCCCAUCCUUGAGCAUUCCAUGGAAAAGUUUUGUUCAUGGUUGACCUACGGUGUGGUUUCACAAACAGCCGGUACGAAUUACGGCUCCCAUGCUGUACGGGAAGGCAAUUAUAUCAUGCGAAUUUGCUGGCCUGGAGCGGCCCGAAAUCCCGAACUGUUCGUCGAAUGUGCUAAACGCACGAUACAGUUCAAUACUCCUGCCCCGACUCAGGCAGCCGCUGUUCGCACUGAUGAUCCGAAUUCGCGAACGGAUUUGAUCAAGCCAAGCCCACCGAAGUUCCGUAACAAAGCCGUCAGCAGCGAUCAGUCCGCGGAUUAUAAGACCGCGCUCAAAUUGGUCAUGGCUGAAUUGUUGAACUUGCUGGUGGUCCCCUGGGAACCCGAAGGGAAGCCUGAAUUGAAGAAAGACGGGAAAGAAGGCGCUGGAGCAGUGAGUGAACGGAUCUCGCUGUUGAAAUCAUCGGUACAUCAGCUUCAGCAGAUGUUGCAGACCACACAGAGCGGAGAUGCGGCUGCGACUUCGUCAAGUGUGAAUGGUUCGAGUUUGGAUGCGGAGCACAACAUCUGGAAAGCGUCUGAGAAAGCCAAGAAGCCGGUGAUGAACAAGUCCGUUACCUUGCGGGUCAUUGCUGAGUUGAUCAAGUCGUACAGUCUGGUGGCGGAGUUCGUUUUGGGUCAUACGUUUUCCGUAGACCAAGGCGGAUUGAUUAAAGAGGAAAACGUGGGUGCCUUAGCAUUUAUUCUGGACAAUUUCGUCCACAUGGCACAGAAAGCCGGUGACGAGUAUUGCCCUCAUUCCACACGGGUUCUGAUGGCGGCCCUGGCGUCGGCAUGCGAGAACCCUCGAGCCCAGAUGCAGGCUGUGGAAGAAGUGAAGCAGGCAUUGUAUCGUGCGACGCUGUUACCAGAAACACAAGAAAAACAUGAACGAAUUGGUGCCUUAGCGAACAUCAUUCAUACGAUGGUUGACGCUUGUCCGACACGGGUAGCGGAUCCUAACGAUGGACGUAAAGUACAAUAUGUUGUCAACCAAAUGGCACGAUUCAUGGCAAAGCGAAACUUAAUCAACGACUUGGCAAAGAUUCCGCACUGCCUGGAUCUUCGUAGCCCACAUUUGGCUGUAACUGUCAACGCUAUUUUACGCCCACUGGAGAUCUUGACGCGAUUAGCAUCACAACAGGAUAAACCGAAGUCAAGAACGCGACAUUCCAGCGUAGCGGUUACCAAUACCCUGUCCACCGCCGGAAACGCAGAGGCUGCCGAUUUGACGAGAGUUUCAGCUGUCGAUGAGUCUCAACGGACGGAAAACGACGUGGCACCAAUUUCCGAUGAGGCUUUGAACAUGUCCGAAGCAGCAGAAAUGGGUGAUAUUUUCUUACGGGCGCCAGCUAUGGAAAUCGAUAUGGAUAAUCCACGCGGGGGAUCAGAUGAUGAGGACGGUGACCGUCCACCACCGCGCCACAGUCAUCGUAUCAAUGAACUGGAAGUGUCGAUGGAUGACGACGAUUCGGAAACCGAAGAAAACGACAUCAAUCAACGACGAUCUCCUGGCCGUAUUACCGACGAAGAACAGGAUGAAGCGGAUGAAGACGAGGAGAUGCAUGAUGAAGACGACGACGAAGAUGACGAAGAAGAGGAUGAGGAAGAUGAUGAGGAUGACGAUGAUGAGCUGGUUGAGCCGGGUGUGCCCGUGGACAACAAUGGUGCCGGCGGCAUGGCUAACCUGUACCAUGCUGCUUUUGGUGCGGUCGAAUGGGAUGAAGAACAAAAUCCCGAUGACGACAUGCUGCUGCACCUGGAAGAUCUUUUUCCCGGGGCGGCCGUCCAUGCUCACGCUCAUCAUGGAAUCUUGGAUCAACCACUGGUGUUCGAAGUGAAUACGGUUGGCCCUGGGGGACUUGCGCAAGAAAUACAGGGUGGAGAUAUGGGUGGCCGGCAGUUGCCGCCCCCGCUCUCCAUCUCCUCCAGUCAUCCGUUGCUAUCACGACCGCCAGCUGGUGCGGAAGUGGCUCAGGGAGCGGCUGCGGGAGCACUGCCUCGGAUUGGUUUGGGAGCCGGUGUCUCGGAGGCGUCAUUAGGCAGCCGUGGACUGCGGACCCUCCGUGUGCGAACCAAUUUGGGACGCGGCGGACUCGGUGCCGGAACGCGAGCGAUCAAUCCUGGACCGGCAAUUCUGCAGCGGCUCCUGGGCCCGACAUUCCGUAUCGAAAACGACAUGAUUGUUUCGGCGGAGGGCGGCUUUGGAGCAGCCAGAGCGAUGCGAGAUCCGCGGGCCCUGUUCUGGGACGAGCCAGAGUACAGCAGCGUUCGUCCUACCGAACAGGAAGAUCUUGUCCUCAUGGAUGAUCCGAUCUUUUUGGGCAACACGGGACUGGUAGCCACGCUGCCAUCCUUGGUUCGCCGUUGGAGCGAAGAGGCCCGGGUGUUGGAUGGUGAUAAUGUGAUUGAAAGUGCUGACAUGGUGAAACCGUUUAUCUUUCCUGAUCUCGAAGUUAAACGUGAUGAGAUUAUGAAAAAUAUGAAGAAGCCGGAAACGACUGAUACUGCCACCUCGCCGAUUUCCGCAUCACGGGCUGGUAUGUCUGUGUUGCAUCCCUCUUCUGUUUUUCACCGAAGAUCUCAGGAUUCGGUUACGAAUGCCAGUGUGGAAACCCAAGCCACAGCAGGCUCUUCUACUGCUCACGAAGAUGCGCUGAAUUUUGUGAUUAAUGCUCAGGCGGUGCGAGAUGAACUCUUGGAUGACAUUGCACGGAUGCAGGAGCAUGUGGAACUGCAGGCUGAGGCGGUGGCAGCCCUGAGUCAAGCGGUUGUAGCACAGGCGAUGAAUGAAUCGGAUUCUGAAAAUUCUGAGGAUUAUUCUAGUCAUUUAUCGGAAGACACUGAUGGGGAACUGCAGGACGCGGCUAUGGCGUUGACAGACAUGAGUACGGAGCAGACUACUCCGGCUCCAUCAGUUCCGGCACACGAUUUGCUUCUGAAUGCGUCUGGAGCACCGAACCCGGUAUCCCCAGCCGAAAUGGCCGUUAAUUCACCAGCGGCUGAAGCCGAUGCUGGUCUGGGGCAAGUAUUAUCCGUGCCACCGACAGUGAGCAGUAAUGUCCUCCCAACAGCACCGCCUGCUGCAAGUAUGGACACUACGGGAGGACAGGACAUCUCAGUUACGACGGCCGCGGAAGGCACUUCAACGGAAACUGCCAGUUCCAGUGACCAGGGCCCCUCCACCAGUAACAAUAAUAACUAUCCGGAAGGAAUUGAUCCGUCAUUCUUAGAAGCAUUACCCGAAAAUAUGCGCCAGGAAGUUAUUGCGGAUUAUUUAAGGAUGCAGCGCGUUCAGCAACAGAACAUGCAAACCAGAGCAGCUGCUUCCAGUAAUGCCGCACCUGUGCCAGCCGCAGUCCCUGAUCCCAGUCAACCAGGGCCUUCAUCGGGUGUACCCCAACCACAGCUGAUCGAAAUCAGUCCAGAGUUUCUGGCAGCAUUGCCGCCGAAUAUUCAAGAAGAAGUAUUAGCCCAGCAGCGCCUAGAGCAGGCUCGCCUUGCGGCGCAGAACGCUGCACCGGACGCCCCCUUUGAUCCAGCCAACUUCCUGCAGAGUCUGGCGCCCAGUCUCCGUCGCCAGAUCCUGGCGGAUAUUGAUGAUUCUAUGCUGACCGUCCUGCCGGACACGGUGGCCCAGGAAGCCCGGACAUUGCGCCGGGAUAUGGAACAGCGUCACAUCUUCCAUGGCGGCCUGGCGUUUGAAGGCGACGUGAUUGCGUUCAUGCGCGGUCGUUAUCCAACUUUGCGAUCACGCGGAGGAUUAACCGGACGACCGUAUACAACUAAUUUCGCCACCCGCGGCGGCGGGACCAUGGGACGUCGGCAGAUUGGACGGCUGCGGAUGCGGGCCGGGAAUGCCGGUGGACCGGAUCAGUGGUACGGGGCGGGACUGCGCUCGUCAGGAUGGAGUCGGGCCACCACGGGAACGGGUACGGAGCUGUCACGGAAUGCGGAUUUAGAGUCCAUGGGCAAGAACAACGCCAAGCCCAUUCUGGACUUUGAAGCGCUGGCAUGCUUACUGGUGCUGUACUUUCUCAAUGCACCGGCGGUGAAUGUUGGUCGGCUGCAGCGCAUCUUCCGCAACAUUUGUCAUCAUAUUCCGACACGGGAGUGGGUCUUUGACGCCGUAAUGUCAAUGCUGAAGAAAGCGGAUGACAGCAAAGCCCAGGAAGCGAAGAAAGUGUAUUCCACCAUCAAACCAAAUUGGCUGAACAUCAGUAUCGACGCGGCGUUGGGCUGCCGGGCCAACGUCUUCCAGUUGAUGCCGAAACAAUUGAAAAAGCCGCAGACUGCGCAGACCCCUUUGAUAACCAUCCAUCCGCAGGCGGCGCAGAUCGUCUGCACGAAUUUGUUGGAUUGCCUGAUGUUGAUGGCCAAAAACUUUCCCGAACAGUUUGUUCCGUAUGCGAUCCGUCACGUAGCGCAACUGGGCAUGCAGCCAUCGUUGGAAAAAUCCACACCGGAUUCGCACGGUAGCAAUCGAAAUUCCAAAUCGCCCAGCCGGGGAUCAGCGCGCUCGCACGGUGUUGUAGCGAAGGGCGGGCAACAAGAUUUCUGGGAAGUGUUGGUGAAACUGGACGCACAGGUCGGAAGUGGACUGCGCAAGAGUGGAAAAGUUUCAAGCAGGAUGAGCAGUGCGGGGCCGACGAGUGUACUGGAGCUGGGACCAGAUGAGCCGCUGCGUAUGACGACGUUUGUUAACUCGGGCUUGGGACAGCUGAUUACCAUGCUGCUUUCGGAGACGUUCCACAAAAUUCCCGAUCUGUCCGAUCGAUUGCUGCGUUUGAUUGCGUCCAUUGCCAACAAUGUCCAUAAGCGCGAUUUGGGUAUUCCGGUGAUGAAUUCGGCCGUGUCAAAAACAGCUCGUGGUGCGAUUCGGCCGGGUAAACUGAGCAAAAAGGACAGAGAGAUGGUGGUGUGGAAAGCUGCCAUAACGCGCUACUUCAGCCUUGGAAGUAUGGAUUUAUCUGUGCAGCCUCCGGUGCCCAUCGUCGAAACGGAAGGUGGGGAUUACGCCGCUACGACGGCUGAAGUGGAAGGAAUGCUGACCAAGUUCCUGGCUGGGCUGGAUCCACAGGCCGAUUUGUACGAUCUGAAAGACCAAAUCUCUACUGCUGCCAGUGAAUUAAGCCAAUUAUCGUCACCCGGUGCCAUUAAGUUUUCCUUGUCAGUGGAAUUUGAGCAGUGCGAAGAGAUCUGCAGUUUACUGCGAGAGCUGGUGAACGUUUUAAUUGCUCGCCGCUGUUCUGAGGAAGGAUUGGAGAACAUAACCCAUACCCUGAUCGUUUUGGCCCAGCGUUUUGGCAGUUCAGUACGGCAGGCCAUCGGACAGAUGCUGUUGAAUGGUAUUCGCCAGUUGGCCGUGGAUGUGUGCAAACAGAUUGAGUCAUUGAUGAAAGAAGCGGCUACGUAUAAUGCCCAAAAAUCUCGCGAGAAAACGGAGGAAUCUGAAGAGAGCCCUGAAAGUGUUUCCUCUGAUGGAUCUGCCAAAGGAAUCAUCUCUGAUCGGUUCUCAACUGGGGAAUCAGUGGUGCUUUAUAAGUCCAAAGGAAAAGCACAAGCUGGUCCGGAAGUCCAUCUCACUGCAAUGUCGAAUCUAACCGGGAAGUCAUCUUGCCAGACUUUCAUGUUGAAGCUGCUGAAAAUGAUGAUCGACUUACGAGGAAAUUCAAGAACUUUCUUGCGGUCGCGGGCAGGUGAUAAAGCUGAAGAGUGUCCAAACGGGACAGUGAACUCACUGGCCCGACGUCUUUUGGAAAUAUCAUACCGACAGCGUCAGCGCAAGUCCUCGCCACAGCCUUCCACACCGAUUUUCCGCGAACAGACCCCUACGCCCAUGGAUGUAGAUGUGACCAAUCAUGAAGAACCGGGCGCCGUCCGCACAACGGAAAGUGUGGGAGUUCAGGCGUCUCCCAGUGCACUGCAGCCACAGGAGCCGGAAGUGGAUCUACCGCCGAUGAGUGAACUGUUGAGUGUGGAUGAUCUGUGGACCUAUCUGUCGCUUUGCCUGUCCGAACUUGAAAAGACCGGCGAUCAAAACGCGGUGCUGAUUCUGCAGCCAACCGUUGAAUCGUUCUUCUUGGUCCAUGCUACGGAACGGAAGAAUGCGGAUACGCGGUUGGAACGGGCGCGCAGUGUCACCCAAGAACAGCACCAUGCCGCCGAGGAAGCGGCCGCACCACCGUCACCCGGUGCCGCGGUGAGCGGGGAAGCGUCGACGGUGCUGGCGGAGCAAGGCAUGGGACAUCUGCCGCUCGAUGUUCGCAAAUUCCUGCAUUUUGCGGAAACACACAAAGUGGUGCUGAACCAGAUUCUGCGCCAGUCUACUGUGCCGCUGAGUGAUGGACCGUUUGCCGUGUUGGUCGAUCAUACGCGGGUGCUGGAUUUCGAUGUAAAGCGCAAGUAUUUCCGACAUGAGCUGGAUAAGGUCGACGCCGAUGCUCAUCGAAUGCGCCGUGAAGACUUGGCAUUACGAAUUCGCAGAUCUGUGGUGUUCGAAGACUCAUUCCGUGAUCUCCAUCGCCGCUCACCAGAAGAAUGGAAGGCCCGAUUCUACAUUAUGUUCGAGGGUGAAGAAGGCCAGGAUGCCGGUGGAUUGUUGCGAGAAUGGUAUUCGAUCAUUUCUCGGGAGAUCUUCAACCCCAUGUACGCCCUGUUCCGCACAUCACCGGGCGACCGUGUCACCUACAUGAUUAAUUCCCACUCGGCCAUCAAUACCAACCACCUGCAGUAUUUCAAGUUUGUCGGCCGACUGAUUGCCAAAGCCAUCUACGACAAUAAGCUGUUGGACUGCUACUUUACGCGCUCCUUCUACAAACACAUUCUCGGAAAACCUGUCAAGUACACGGAUAUGGAGAGUGAAGACUACUCGUUCUACCAAGGCCUUGUGUAUCUGCUCAACCAUUCCGUGGAAGAGGUCGGCUCGGAUCUGACCUUCAGCACUGAAGUGCAGGAAUUCGGCGCGACGGAAGUGCGUGAUCUGAAGCCCAAUGGGCGGAAUAUCCCCGUAACGAAUGAGACCAAACACGAGUAUGUCCGGUUGGCCUGCCAGAUGAAGAUGACACAGUCUAUCCGCAAACAACUCGAUAGCUUCCUGGAAGGCUUUUACGAAGUGAUUCCCAAACGGUUGAUUUCGAUUUUCAACGAGCAAGAAUUGGAGCUCCUGAUCAGUGGAUUGCCUAACAUCGACAUUGAUGAUCUGAAAUCAAAUACGGAUUAUCACAAGUACCAAGCAAGCUCUUUGCAGAUUCAGUGGUUUUGGCGUGCAUUGCGCUCCUUCGAUCAAGCGGAUCGCGCCAAGUUUUUACAGUUUGUCACCGGUACCAGCAAAGUGCCGCUGAACGGUUUUGCCGCUCUGGAAGGCAUGAGUGGUGCGCAGAAAUUCCAGAUUCAUCGUGAUGAUCGCAGUACGGAUCGUUUGCCGUCGGCUCACACUUGCUUCAAUCAGUUGGAUUUACCGGCAUACGAGACAUAUGAUAAAUUGCGUACAAUGCUGUUAACGGCCAUCCAUGAAUGUUCGGAAGGAUUUGGAUUCGCAUAAGACAGGCGUACAGCGUGUGAUACUCUUGAAAAGUGGACAUUAUUUGGAGCGGAUCGGUGCUGGCUUUCGUUUGACGUUGAUUUUCGGGACAUGAGAAAUGGUGUUUGGUUUCAGUUCGUGUUGGAAAGGCUUAUGUGUUUGGUGUUGGAUCUGGGGUGUGAUCUCCUGUUUUUGAGAGAGCCUUUUUGCCGAACUGAAUGUGCAUGUCGGCUGUUUUUUUCUGCUUUUUGUGCAACGUACAAGAUUGGAUUCGGAUGUUCACUUACUGUGGCACAUUGGUCAGAUUUAUUUGUGUUAGAGAAUAGCGAAGAAUGCAGGAAUAUAGUUAUUACGAAAAUAACACUUAUUUUGCCGAACUGUGUUCCUUUUUGCUAUGAGGUUUUAUAUGGCGUUUUGUGGUAAAUUCAAGAAAUAAAAAACUAAAUCGAUAAUAAGUGGAAAAA